ACCAGGAACAUAUCUCGGUUGUUUUCAUUUUAGUUAUAACAUUCUCUUUUAUGUUUCUUUCUGCAAGGAAACGAUCCAUCCAAUAAGUAGUAAGUACCGCUGACCAGAUACCAAAGGGUUCAUUUUCUUGCAAGAGUUGUGCUAAUCUACAAAGGGCGUUGUUAUAUUAUAUUAUAUAUAUAUAUAUUUAAUACUUCUUAACAAGCGUCAAUAUGAAGUUCGGGAAGGAAUUUUCGAGCCAAAUGGUGCCGGAAUGGCAAGAAGCAUACAUGAACUAUAAUUUUCUGAAAACCCUUUUGAAAGAUAUCCAAAAUAUGAAGCACAAAAAUAGGCCACCGGCAGCCAUACCGACGGGGCUAAAUCGGAGACCGACCCUUUACAGAGCUUUUAGUGGUCUCAUCAACAGACAGUUCAGCACGCGCCGGCACUCGCCAUCUUCUGCCACCGGCCCUGGCGACGACAUCGAAAGCCAAGCCAUUCUCAUCAACUCCACCAGAGAAGAUGGCUCCCAUGGUUACCAUACUACCUUUCUCAUGGCAGCUGAGGAAGGAGGAGAGUACGAGCUGGUAUACUUCCGGAGGCUGGACGAGGAGUUCAACAAAGUGGACAAGUUCUUCAAGUCCAAAGUGGAAGAGGUGAUGAAAGAAGCUUCUAUGCUCAACAAGCAAAUGGAUGCUUUGAUCGCUUUUCGAAUUAAAGUUGAGAAUCCCACAGGCUGGUUCGACAGAUCUGUGGAGAUGACUCGUCUGGCUUCUGAUAUUGCAGCUUCAACUGCUGCUUUGGCGGCCUCCACUCCUAGAAAUAUUCGAGCUAGCAGAAGAGUUAAUUUCAUGGACGCAAUCGAAGAGGGAGGAUCAAACAACCCUGAGGAGCAAUCUGAUGAAUUGAGUGGCGAUGAUGAUAAUAAAGACGAGAAAGAGAAGAAGAAUGUAAACAUUGUGAACAAAAGAGUGGAAGCUCAGACACCAAGUAAUGUCAGGAGAACUAGACCAGCUCCAUUGGAAAUUCUAGAUCGUGUGACAAUGAAUCAAACACAGGAGACUCCUCGUUCCACCAUUAAAGGCGUUCUCAAGGUUCCUAAGCAGACAGAGCUGACUUUCAACAGGCAAAAUCUUAGAAAAGUUGAAGAGCAACUUAAGAAAGCUUUCGUUGAGUUUUACCAGAAGCUGAGGCUUCUAAAGAGCUAUAGUUUCUUGAAUACCUUGGCAUUCUCAAAGAUCAUGAAGAAGUAUGAUAAGAUUACUUCAAGAGAUGCAUCAAAAGCUUACAUGAAAAUGGUGGACAAGUCCUACCUUGGCAGCUCUGAUGAGGUUACUAAGCUUAUGGAGAGGGUUGAAGCUACAUAUAUCAAGCAUUUCUCCAAUGCAAACCGCAGUAAAGGCAUGUCCAUCUUAAGGCCAAAAGCAAAAAGAGAAACGCAUAGAAUAACAUUUUCGACUGGUUUCUUUUCUGGCUGCACUGUUGCUCUCAUAUUAGCCCUUAUUUGGAUCGUUCGUUCUCGCAAAAUCAUGGAUCGGAAUCACGAGCAAGGGAGACUUCAGUACAUGGAAAUCAUGUUUCCCUUAUACAUAUUUUUUGCGUUUAUUGUGUUCCACAUGGUUAUGUAUGCUGCGAAUGUGUUCUUUUGGAGGAAAUACAGAGUCAACUACUCCUUCAUCUUUGGGUUCAAACAAGGAACAGAAUUGGGCUACAGAGAAGUUCUGCUUCCCGCCUUCAUUUUGUCUGCUUUAGCACUCGGCUGUGUUCUUUCGAAUCUUGACAUGGAAACUGACCCAAAAACACGAGAUUACAAAGCUUUAACUGAGCUUCUCCCACUCCUGUUGCUUGUGUCUGUUACUGUGAUUAUGAUAUGCCCUUUGAACAUCGUCUAUCGCUCAAGUCGAUACUUUUUCCUCACCUGCUUGUUUCACGGCCUCGCUGCUCCUCUCUAUAAAGUAACACUCCCAGAUUUCUUCUUGGCUGAUCAGUUAACGAGCCAGGUUCAAGCUUUGAGAAGUAUCCUAUUCUACAUUUGCUACUACGGUUGGGGUGACUACAAACUUAGACAAACCACUUGCAAAGCUAACCCUGUAUACGAAGUUUUUUUUUAUCUUGUUGCUGCUGUCCCAUACAUGUCUCGUCUCCUUCAGUGCCUUCGUCGUUUGUACGAAGAGAAGGACCCAAUGCAAGGUUACAAUGGUAUUAAGUACUUCUUGACAAUCGUGGCAGUAAGUGUCAGAACAGCUCUUAGUCUCAACCAAAAUUCGCUGAGUUGGAAAGUUGCGGCCUGGGUGUUCUCAAUCUUGGCGGCCAUUGUUUCAACUUAUUGGGACUUGGUGAUCGACUGGGGCCUUCUUCAGCGUUACUCUAAGAAUCGAUGGUUGAGGGACAAGCUUUUAGUCCCUCACAACAGUGUAUAUUUUGUUGCAAUUGGCAUGAACGUGUUGCUGAGAUUUGCUUGGCUGCAAACUGUGCUGAAUUUCCAGGUCUCUUUUUUGCAUAGACAAACCUUAAUAGCCAUUGUUUCUUUGCUGGAGAUCCUUCGUCGUGGCAUUUGGAAUUUCUUCAGAUUGGAGAAUGAGCAUUUGAACAACGUGGGCAAAUACCGGGCAUUCAAAUCAGUGCCAUUACCAUUCAACUAUGAUGAAGAUGAGGACAGAGAUGAGUAGAGAAUUUCUAUAAAUGGGAGCUUAAGAUUAUGACUUCACUUUCAUUUUACUUUAAUUUUUUUUUUUUCAUUUUCUUCCUUUUUCUUUUUGGACAGCGGCAACUCCUAUUACUAUUCUUUCAUUUUAUUAUUCCACUUGUAAAUGUAAAUCUUUAAGCAUUCUUAAUAAAAGAGUAUUUACAAGCCCUGAAGCAUCA